AUGGCCGAAUCCGGCAGGGACAGCACGACCAACGAACUCUUAGAAGAAGUCCGACUAGCAUGCAGCGCAGCAGCCUUCGUGCGCCUGCAUCCUGUGAUAUAUGCCAGCCUGCAGCAACGCGAGCAGCUCUUCAAGAUGGGCGCACGUAGAGAGUGCGUGGAUAGCGGAUUCCGCAACAGAACGGAGCUGCGCAAAUUCAUAGCGGACACGCGCUUGCUAAACGAAGUGCUUCUCACAUGGUAUCCAGGGGGUUACAAUUGCGGACUGCUGCUGGAACAAGAGUACGAGAUCCGCAGUGACGGCUGCGACAUUCCGUUCUGGCUCUUGCGAGAACUGCUCGAUUUCUACGGCUUCACCGGCAAGCAGCUUCGGCGCAUUCACUCCCGUUCACAAGCAGAAGACAUCUACCACGCUCUCCGCGCACUGCCGGACUACUCGCCAAGCGCCAUCCUGGAGCGCCGACAAGCACGCCACCUCGCCUGGAGCCGUGAACAAGAUGAAGUCAAAGAGCGCAUCAGAGUAGCCAACGAGCGUCAGACCAAGGCCAUCGUUACACUGAUCGAACGUAUCAAGAAUACGUAA